UUCCAGAAGCCGGUGCGUUACCGCCGAGCGAUCAGCUACGACAGUAAGGAAUACUACAUGAGACUGCUGUCAGGGAACCCUGGGAUGUACCAGCACUCCAUAGAGCAGGACACUGAGGGAGAGACCACUCAGCAUGAACCUGGAGAGGUGCACGGAGAGGACACCAUCGCCAGAGUCAAAGGUCUGGUGAAGGCCCCUCUGAAGAGGUCACGCUCCACCACGGACAGGGCUGAUGAGGAACAAGACCUGCUCCAGGAACAGAUCUUAGAGUCAGGAGGACUGGACGAGGAACAGAGGACAGACAACACAUCACUGCUACGACUACUGGAGGAGGGAGAGAAGAUCCAGCACAUGUACCGGUGUGCGCGGGUGCAGGGUCUGGACACUAGCGAGGGGCUGCUCCUGUUUGGGAAGGAGCACUUCUAUGUCAUAGAUGGUUUCACCAUGACCGUCAGCAGAGAGAUCAGAGACAUCGAGACACUGCCCGCCAAUCUGCAUGAGACCAUCAUCCCCAGAGGUGCGAGGCAGGGUCAGAGCCAGCUGAAGAGGACCUGUAGUAUCUUUGCCUACGAGGACAUCAAGGAGGUCCACAAGAGACGAUACCUGCUGCAGCCCAUGGCUGUGGAGGUGUUCUCAGGAGAUGGUAGGAACUACCUGCUGGCCUUCCAGAAAGGAGUCCGCAACAAGGUCUACCAGAGGUUCCUCGCUGUGGUUCCCUCUCUGGCUGACAGCUCAGAGUCCGUCUCAGGACAGAGGCCCAACACCAGCGUAGAGCAGGGGUCUGGCCUACUCAGCACUCUGGUAGGAGAGAAAUCUGUCACCCAAAGAUGGGAGCGUGGUGAGAUCAGUAACUUCCAGUAUCUGAUGCAUCUCAACACCCUGGCUGGUCGCUCCUACAACGACCUGAUGCAGUACCCUGUCUUCCCCUGGAUCCUGGCUGACUACGACUCUGAGGAGUUGGACCUAAACAACCCACGGACGUUCCGUAACCUGGCUAAACCAAUGGGAGCCCAGACCGAUGACAGGCUGACCCAGUACAAGAAGAGGUUCAAGGACUGGGAAGACCCUACCAGUGAGACCCCGGCGUAUCACUACGGUACACACUACUCCUCAGCCAUGAUCGUGGCGUCCUACCUGAUCCGCAUGGAACCUUUCACUCAGAUCUUUCUCAGGGCCUCCAGAGGUCACUUUGACCUGGCUGACAGGAUGUUCCACAGUGUGCGUGAGCCUGGCUCUUCUGCCUCCAAACACAACAUGGCUGAUGUCAAGGAGCUCAUCCCUGGUUCUCUUUACCUGCCAGAGUUCAUGCUCAACUCCAACAACUUUGAUGUUUUAACAGGUGCCAAACAGAACGGUAUUCGACUAGGAGACGUCCUUCUGCCUCCGUGGGCUAAAGGAGACCCCCGGGAGUUCAUCAGAGUCCAUCGACAGGCUCUGGAGUGUGACUAUGUAUCGUCUCACCUCCACGAGUGGAUCGACCUGAUCUUUGGCUUCAAGCAGCAGGGUCCUCCGGCGGUGGAAGCGGUCAAUGUGUUCCAUCACCUGUUCUACGAGGGACAGGUGGACAUCUACAACAUCAACGACCCCCUCAAGGAGACCGCCACCAUCGGCUUCAUCAACAACUUCGGACAAAUCCCCAAACAGGUAUUAUAUGCAUUGCUGGGCCAUACAGACACAGUAACCUGCCUGACAGCCUCGUCAGCGUAUCACAUCCUGGUAUCUGGCUCUAGAGACAGGACCUGCAUCAUCUGGGACCUCAACAAACUYUCCUUCGUCACACAGCUCAGAGGACACAGGGCCCCCGUCUCUGCCCUUUGCAUCAACGAACUCACGGGAGACAUAGUGUCUUCGGCGGGGACCUACAUCCAUGUGUGGAGCAUCAACGGCAGUCCCAUAGCCAGUGCCAACACCUUCACAGGCCGCUCACAACAGAUCCUCUGCUGCUGCGUGUCAGAGAUGAACGAGUGGGACACGCAGAACGUCAUCGUCACCGGACACUCCGACGGAGUCGUCAGGUUCUGGAGGAUGGAGUUCCUACAAGUCCCAGAAACCCCUGCCCCAGAGCCCAUCGAGCCCCCUGAUGUAACUGACUGCUGUACAGAGGACAAGCUGGCAGAGGGACCCGAGAGCCAGAACGCUGACGAUGACAGCAGCGAGUCAGACGGAGACGAGCCCUGCCUCAGCACAGAGUCCAAACCCUCCCCUCUGCCCAACGCUGCAGCCGGGGGAGGAGCUGGAUCGGUUGGGGGAGGAUCAGGCAGCCAACCAGGCAGCACCGUCCACAGACCCAAAGUUCCUCGGGGUCCCGGUGUCGCUGGAGUUCGGACAGGGGCCUCGUGGUCAGUGGACAGCGGGUCAGAUGACUCCCGCCGCUGGUCAGACACCCUCAGCCUGGACGAGAAGGACGGCUUUGUGUUCGUCAACUACUCCGAGGGACAGACGGGACAGACACCACUCAAACCAGGGGUCCACCCUCACCCCCAGCUUCACCCUCCGCACCCCAUAGCAGGCCACGGGGGGGUCCCCCAGCCCAUACACCCCACCACCAUGGAGGCACGGCCCUAUAACCAGCUCAGAGCAGGUACUGACCAAACCACAGUGAUGCAGAUCACCCAAUAA